GGAGAGAUCUCUGGGGAGCGUCCGCGGCCCCGACCACGUGGGAUCGCUCAGAACCGGACGGGGCCGUGCUUUUGACCACGCGGGAACACUCGGCACGCCUGGAACCCUAUGAAACCAUGAUCCCCUACUUUCUCGACGGCCAGACCUGGGCCCCGAUAAGUCAACUCCGGUCACAGAAUCCCCCAGAGGCACUCACCGUCCGAAUGCACGUGGAAGGCCAGAAGCUGACCGUCGCUCUGCAGAGAAAUGACGGGCUCUUUGCCAGCCGCUACACGGAAACGCACCACUCGAAAGACGGCACGGAUGUUUCGCUUCCUGGGAACGGCACGGGCCGCUGCUACUAUCACGGAAGCGUGCGAGGCUCCCCCGGCUCCAGCGUCAGCCUGGCCGCCUGCUCCGGACUCAGGGGAUUUAUUCAACACGGAAAUAAAAGCUUCGUCUUCGAACCCCUGGGCCGGGGCGGGAGCGGACACAAGAUCACGCCCAUGGCCCGACUGGGCAGCCGGCCGGGGGCCUGCGGCCACGGCCUGGCCAGGCCGGACCCUCUGCAGCUCUUCCCGGCACCUGCGAGGAGGCCCAAAAGGGAGACGCAGAAGAUGGCCAAGUACGUGGAGCUGGUGAUGGUCGCCGACAACCGGGAGUUUCAGAGGCAAGGGAAGGACGUUGAAAAAGUGAAGCAGCGACUCAUCGAGAUGGCCAACCACGUGGAUAAGCUGUACAGGCCUCUGAACGUGCGGAUCGUGCUGGUGGGCGUGGAGGUGUGGAGCAGCCUGGACCGCUGCAUCAUCAGCCAGGACCCUUUCCUCAGCCUGCACGAGUUUCUGGACUGGCGGAAACUGAAGCUCCUGCCGCGGAGACAGCACGACAACGCCCAGCUGGUCAGCGGGGUGUUCUUCCAGGGAACCACCGUGGGCAUGGCCCCCCUUCUCAGCAUGUGCACCGUGGAGCAGUCCGGGGGCAUCGUCAUGGACCACUCCGACCACCCGGUGGGCACGGCGGUCACCCUGGCCCACGAGCUCGGCCACAACUUCGGGAUGAACCACGACACCCCCGACCGGGGCUGCUCCUGCCCGUCGGCCGGAGAGAAGGGAGGCUGCAUCAUGAACCCUUCCACCGGGUAUCCCCUACCAGGGGCCUUCAGCAGCUGCAGCGAGAGGGAUUUGGAGGAGAGUCUGCAGAAGGGAGUGGGCACCUGCCUCUUCAACCCGCCGGACGCGAAGGAGUCUCUGGGGGCCCGGAGGUGCGGCAACGGCUUCGUGGAGGAAGGAGAGGAGUGCGACUGUGGGGAGCCUGAGGAGUGUACUAGCCGCUGUUGCAACGCCACGUCCUGCACGCUGAAGCCGGGAGCCGUCUGUGCCCACGGGCUGUGCUGUGAAGACUGUCAGCUGAAGCCGGCCGGGGUCUGCUGCCGGGCGUCCAGCAACCCCUGCGACCUGCCCGAGUUCUGCACCGGCGCCGGCCCGCACUGCCCGGGCAACGUCUACUUGCACGACGGCCUCCCCUGCGCCCGCGUCGACGGCUACUGCUACAGCGGCCUUUGUCGGACCCACCAGGACCAGUGCGCCGCCCUCUGGGGCCCAGGAGCCAAGGCAGCCCCCGGGAUCUGUUUUGAAAAAGUCAACGCGGCGGGAGACCCGUACGGAAACUGUGGGAAACAGUCCAGGACGUCCUUCGCCAAAUGCGAAGCCAGGGACGCCAAAUGUGGAAAAAUCCAGUGCCAGGGAGGUGCCAGUCGGCCGGUGAUCGGGACGAAUGCCGUUUCCAUAGAGACGAACAUCGCCCUGCAGGAUGGGGGCAGGAUCCGUUGCCGCGGUACCCACGUGUACCUGGGGGACGACGUGCCCGACCCCGGCCUGGUGGUCGCGGGCACCAAGUGUGGCGAGGGCAAGAUCUGUCUGAAUCGUCAGUGCCAAAACGUCAGCGUGUUUGGGGUCUCGAGCUGCCUCGCCAGGUGCCAUGGACAUGGGGUCUGCAACAGCAACCAGAACUGUCACUGCGAGGCGGAGUGGGCCCCGCCGUUCUGCGACGUCCCCGGCUUCGGCGGGAGCGUGGACAGCGGACCCGUCCGACGGGCAGACGGCCGCGGUCGGACGUUGGGCCUGCUGGGGACCCUGCUGGGGCUGGCGGCGGUGGGAUCGGCCCUGUGGCUCCAGCGGAAAUCCGUGAUGAGGCUCCUGAUGGCUCGGGAGCGGCUCGCCGGACGGAAAAUCAGGCUUGGGGUGCCCACCCAGCCCCCCGCCCUGCCCCCCAACUGUUUGGACGCCCCCCGGGACCACCCCCAGCUCCACCGUCAGACGUCGGUCCAGAGGCUGCUCCCCACGGCCAUCAUCCAGCAGUCCGCAGCUACCAAAGGGAGGCAUCGGGGGAUUUCGGCCGCCGCCUCGGCCCUUCCAUGCGGGGGGCCCGGUCCUGCCCCCCGUCCCACCACCGGCUACUCCACCUCCACGGGGGCCUCCGAGCAUCCCCCCAAGGCCACAGGCCCAGGAAAUCCAGAAGCCCAACCCUCCCCAGAGGCCUCUGCCAGCCGACCCCCUCACCAAAGCUUCCCGGACUUUUGGGACAAUGCCGGGAAAACAGGAUACUGGACUUCCCAUCGCACCCGGGAGGUCCACCCCCGGACGCCUCCCGCGAGAGAGCCGGCCGGCCCCCGGGACGCCCUCCCAGUGACGGGAAGAGAUCGGAGCCCCCCGGUAGCCGUGAAAACCGAAGUUGGCCCUCUCCCGACCCCGCCGUGGGUUCCUCGGGCCGGGCUCCGGCCUCGGACCGCGCUCUACGUUGCCUUGGCAGCUGCCCCUGGGUACCAGGCCGGGCCGACGGGGGUCUGGCCACUCGCUCAGCGUCCGGUGAAACGAUUAAUUUAUCUCAACACGUGUUCGGGCGCGAUGUCCGGUCGCAAGAUCCCUGUGAAGCCCGGUGUAUUUGCCGCUCCCGUGUCCGUGAAGCCGGCCCCGUCUGCUCUUGGGAUGCCUGGACGGGACGCACGUCCCCAUCCUGUCCCGAGGCCGGCGGCUGAGCGGGUGGGCUUCUCCGGCCUAGGAGUCGUGUUCGCCCGAUGCCCACUCGGGUCUCCAGCACCUCGGUGCCCAUCCGCCCGGGGAGAGACGUACUGGCGGCGGCAGGAGCCGGGGAUCUCCCGCCGCUCUGCGCCGUAGGCCUCUUUCCUGGAGGAUUGAGGCCUUCUCGCUUUCCCCCAGCAUUUCCGCAGAAAAUCCGCUCCUCCAGGAUUUUUCCGGCCAGCU